CUCUGGUAUCCGAACCUCUGCUUUCCAUCACCUACAUCUCCGUCUGCCACUCCGAUACCCUCUCUUUACGAGCCGAUAUUGCUUCGUUUGCUCAUAGACAGCGUCGUUCACUCCGUUGGUUGUUUUAAUCUCUUUCCCGGAGCAGCACGGGCGCCCGCCAGCCGCCAGCCACCACGAAGAUAAGGUGGCUACUCUCUCCACUUACUCGGAUCCGCAACCCCUAUCCACUAUUUAAGUCGGCCUCGAUCUGCUGUGAAACAUAACCAAGGAAUCUCCAACCUACACAACCCCAUCUAAUACCAUAAUGGCGAACCCGUUAGACACCGAUGCCGGCUCGGAGCUGUUCAGCAGCUACGAGACCGAGUUGAAGCUGGUACAAGCCGACCUGAACCAGAAGUUGGACCAGAUCGCCGAGUCGAGCGGUGAACAGCGGAAAUCAGCGAUCAGACAAGCAGAGAGAGCCUUGGAUGAAGCCACGGAAUUGCUGGACCAAAUGCGCAUGGAGAAACAGAACAUCCCAUCGGCAGCACGAUCGAAGAUUAACACGCGCGUCCGCAACUACGCCACCGAUAUCGACGAGGCCAAGCGCAAGUUGAGGUCCCUUUCCGACGAUCGCAAAGCGCUUUUCGGCGAUCGCUACACAGAUGAUCCGCAGGACGAACAUUUGGAACAACGACAGCAGCUUCUGUCUGGUACAGAGCGCUUGGAGCGUAGCUCUGCCCGGCUCCAGGAGAGUCAGCGCAUCGCUCUUGAGACGGAGGAUAUUGGUCGCAACACCUUGGCCGACCUCAACCAGCAGCGGGAGACCAUUAUGAAUGCUCGGGGUCGGCUGCUCGAGAGCGAAGGAUAUGUGGACACCAGUAUCAAGACACUAAGGGGCAUGGCCCGUAGGAUGGCUACGAAUCGGUUGAUCACAAUCGCAAUCAUCACCGUCUUGAUCCUUUUGAUUUUCGCCGUUAUCUACAGCAAGUUCCAUUGAGCGUGGGGUUGACAGGCGUUAUUACAGGUGGCCACUCUUUUACUCUUUCUUUUCUAACGACACAAUACAUCUGCAGUCGCAGACACAUCACGGAACGUUGUAUGAUAGCAUCCAUCAGCUCUAAUUAGGCGACAUGUCAUAGUACCGGGUACAUUGCAAUUCAUGAGCCGAUCCCUCUGA